AUGGUCUUCCUGGCAACGACAGCCCUCGGGGCCCAGUUCUCGUCGGCUUCCACUAACGCCAGGGUCAAAAGGAUCCUCGACAGACUGCUUCAGCUUAAACCGAUAUGCGUCUUCAUGGACGAUGCUGCAGUCUACAACGGGAAGCAGAUCGACCUGCGUUCGAAGAUAAAGGACGUUGUGGAUGGCCUUGGAGACGUUCAAGAGUUCAAUGGUAUUGUGUCUAUUCCUCGACAUGUAGACCAUCCUGCAGAUCUGGAGUUUGUUCGCACCGACUUCCGCAGCCCCUUCCUAGUGGUCUAUUCGUCUGCCACGACAGGUAAACCUAAGCCCACCGUGCAGAGUGCAGGGAGAUAUCUCCUCAACGGGACCAAGGAGUCUCGACUACACCGAGACAUCGGUGCCAAUUCCACCAUCCUGCAAUACACUACAACCGGAUGGAUCAUGGACCUCGCCGCCAUUGCGGGGCUGGUAUUUGGAAGAAGGACUAUUCUAUACGAUGGGAGCCCGUUUCUCCCGGACGUCAAGUUUCUCAUCCAGCUCCUAGGCGAGCACAAAGUGACUCAUUUUGGCACGGAGAUCGCCGAUCUCAGCAACCUGUCCGUCACGACCAGCACAGGUAUGGUCUUGUCGGAAUCUCUGUCCGAGUGGUUCUACAGUGAAGGUUUUCCUGCUCACACACAGCUGGCCAAUAUCUCCGGGGGAACCGAUCUGGCCGGUUGCUUUGGACUCGAGAACCCAAUCUCCCCGCUCUACGUCGGCGGAUGUCAAUGUGCAGGACUAGGGAUUCCCAUUGCGGUCUUUGACCAAGCCGACGAGGGUGCUUCCGGAGUUAAAGGGACUGAAAUACCCGACAGCACUCCGGGAGAGAUAGUAGCCACAGGGGCAUUUCCCACCAUGCCGGUGAGGUUCCUAGGAGAAGACGGGAGCCAGAAAUAUUUCGAUUCUUACUUUGCCCGAUUUGACAGUGAGUUUGACUUCCUCCCAGUAACUCAUGAGAUCUACAAUGUCACUGAUACGCAGUUCACCGAGGAAGUCGUCGACUCGAACUGCUUGGUUGGACGAGUCAAAGAGGCAAUCUGCAAGGCACUCAACGCUAGACUUGUGCCCAAGUAUAUCUUUCAAACUCCCGAGAUUCCGACGACGGUAAAUCUGAGGAAAGUCCAGCUUCCGGUCAAGUAG